GAAAAAUAUAAUAAAUUUAAAAAUUAAUACAAAAUAAGAUCAAAAGUAGCGAUAACCAGAAAUCAAUUGCCGUACAACUAACCGAAUUGCAAAUUUCUACCAGUUCACCUACUACAUAGCCACAUGUCUAUUUGUGAUUAUGUUUUGGUGUGCAUUUGCGGAAAAUUGAGAAAAUUGUCAAACGAAAUAUUGUGAAAAGCAUUCUUCAACUAGCUAGCAGUCUAAUUUCGCUAUUGAGAUCACUUAGUACGAACGAACGAGCGAACGUGUACACGAGAACAGUGCUAGCGAACCGUGUAUACAAAAACAACAAAACUUAUUAUUAAACAUAAUUAAUAUUGGUGGCGAAGUGGUAGGGAUAGCAACAGUCAACAGGCGUGUUUAAUUAUAACAACAAUAAAAUCAGAAAAUAAUAAAAAAGUAAAUAAAAAAAAAUUAGCAAAUAAAUAAAAUUACGUUAGUAGAUUUUCUUCAUUGUAAGCGUGUGUGUGUGUGUGUGCGUGUGGAGCAGCGGCAGCGGCGCUUAACAGCAAUGGAUUUACACGCAAGGCACUUAGAGAAAAAGUUGAAGGCAAAUGUGUUAAAAAAUUUGCAAUAAAUCAAUGAAUAGUGAGAAAUAGCACAGCAAAGCGUCAAAUGAUGUGAAUAGUGUUUGGUAAGCGCAAAGGAAAAAACAUUCAAAUUGUUUUUUUUUUUUUAUAGCAACACACAGCAAAAAAAAAAAUAAAAUAAAAAAAGCAGUAAAAAAAUAAAUAAAAUAAAAUUAUAAAUAAAUAUAUCACAAAGAAAGAAAACAAAAAAUCCGAAGAAAAAUCUCAUUUGCUAAACUUGUGCCAUUUUCGUUGUUAGCUUUUCUUCUCUCCCACCCCUUAUGACUUGUCGCCUAAAUGUGUCGCUCAGCUGUCUGCUCCACAAAAACAACAACAACAAUAACAACAUUUGUCAUUUAUAAUAAAAUCAUUUGCCAAUACGACGACAUUGACGUCAGCUACGCGAAAAUCGUGCAGUUUUAAGGAUAGCCGUAGGAUCAGUGGAAGAAAACAUUUCUCCGGUUUAAAUGUUAGCUGUCAACAUGCAACGUUCUAAAUGACGUCAACACAACUAAACGACGGAUAGCGCGGGGAUGUAUGAGUUUAAUUUGUGAUAUUUGCUUUCUCUAAGUUAAAAACAUUCUUCAACAAAAUCUUCAAGUGGUCGAAAAAGUCGUAGAUUCUUUGGGUGGAGGGGGCCACGUGGUGGUUCCCUUGGCCCACGGGCCGGUAUGGCUUCCUAUAAUGGGGUGCUAAAGGAUUAUGGACAUAGCAGUUUGAAUGAGGCUUUCAAAUCCCAAAAUAAUGUCAACUUUAAGUUAAUCAAAACAGUGUCUGAUUUCACCGAAACCCUUUCCCAUUUAUACGAGGAACAUGCAACUGCCCUACAAACUUUAGUCUCCAAUUUUCGUAAGAAGAAUGCUGAACUCCGCAAAGAGAGACCAGCCUGUCAUUUAGCAAUUUUCCAAGCAUGGGAAGCAUUCCUACAGGAGGUCGAAACCGAUUCUCAGGCAUCCAACGAUGUGGCCAACGUGCUGUCGCGCCAGGUGUCACGUCCAAUGCUCGAUAAAUCCUUUCAUCGUAAAGUUCAAAGUCGGAAAAUUUUUACACACAGGGAGUCCUUUGAGACUAUUAUCGCUAAGACUGAAGAGAAGCUGGCGAAGUGUCGCUUGGAUUACAAACAAUGCUACUUGUCGCAUCGUCAAAAUCCCACACAACUUUCACUCACCGAAUAUAUAGAUGCACACAAUGCGUAUGUGCAACAGUUGCAUGCCACCAAUGCCAUGUUGGAGUUGUAUCACUGUGAGACGGUGCCGCAAUUAAUGCAAGAACUGGAGGAGAUACAUAAUGAUUUAUGCAAUAUUAUUGCCGAAUCUAUACUACAGGGUGCCGAUGUAAUAGCAAAUAAGGCAUCGGAUCAAGCAAAACGUUAUGGCGCACUCACCAUUCAAUGCAACACCGUUUCACCAAUACAGGACCUCACCAAUUUUGUACGCAUUCUGCCGUUGCCAUCGCUGGCGCAAAAAGUUCCUAAACGCAAUUUUACGCCGCCACAGCCACCCGGCGAAAUUGAUGAUAAUGGAGAUUUUAAU